CCGAAACGGGGAGGAAGGGGGGAGGUGGAAGUUGGGGAAGUUGCGACAGCGGGGCCGCCAUGGAGGGCUCCGCUGACACCCCCGUCCCCGUCUCGUCGCCGCCGGACCUGCACUCCGUACCCAUGGUAGCGCUGAACUACGGCGUGCGGCGCCGUCUCGGCCUCUACCUCAACCCCCGGGCGGCGGCGGCCUCGGACUGGACAGCGCUGGCGGAGGAGCUGGGCUGCGAGUACCUGGAGAUCCGGCGGCUGGAGGCACAGCCCGACCCCACCGCCGCCCUGCUGCAGGACUGGCAGCGCCGCUGCCCCGGCGGAGCCACCGUCGGCCGCCUCCUCGAUCUCCUGCACCGCCUGGGCCGCCACGACGUGCUCCUCGACCUGGGCCACAGCGUGGAGGAAGACUGCAAGAAGUACUUGCAAAGGAAGCAGGAGGAGGCCAACCAACCACUUCAAGUGCCAGCAGUGGACAGCAGCGUGCCGAAGACAUCAGAGCUGAUGGGCAUCACCACCAGGGAUGAUCCCACUGGGAGUGGAACAGAGUUGUUUGAUGCCUUCAUCUGCUACUGUCAGAAAGACAUUCAGUUUGUCCAGGAGAUGAUCAGGGAGCUGGAACAAACAGAGUUCAAACUGAAGCUCUGUGUGUUUGAUCGGGAUGUCUUGCCAGGAUCCUGUGUAUGGUCCAUCAGUGGAGAACUUAUAGAAAGGAGGUGUCGAAGGAUGGUGGUUGUCAUUUCAGAUGAUUACCUGGAAAGUGAUGAAUGUGAUUUUCAGACCAAAUUUGCUCUUAGUCUUUCCCCAGGUGCUCGUCUCAAGCGUUUGAUUCCAGUCAAGUGCAAAACCAUGAAGAACGAAUUCCCGAGUAUCUUGCGGUUCAUUACGAUUUGUGAUUACACCAAUCCGUGCACCAAAAAAUGGUUCUGGACAAGACUGGCAAAAUCCCUCAUGCUGCCUUGAUGCAAGGUCGUGAGAGUAGGGUGUAAUCUGUCCUGGCUGGGCCUGGUGUUGUUCACACGGGGUCUGCUACCACUUCAGAACCUGGAUCCUUGCAAUUGGUGUUUGGAGCCUGCGACCUGGAGCAAAGAAUUUUCUUUAAUGCUGUUUUCUGAUUUGGAAGGGGAA